UUUUUUUUGAUUGUGUUAAUAUUAUUUUAAAUUUCGUCCUAAAUUCCGUGCCCUCGACCAUAUUUUCAAUUUUCAUUGUUACAUUAAUAUCAAUUAAUAUAAUAUUACUACUUGCGUUUCCAGUUCGAUAUUAUUUAUUUGGGUUGUCGACAUCGUCUCGUGCUCUGUUGAACGGUUCUGUGUUCGAUCAUGUUGUCGAACCGCCCGCCGACUGUCGAAAGACUUCUGACGGCGUUUGAUUGCAUGCUGGUCGAUGGCUUCGCGAUACAAGACAAAACUCUGCUAGAAAAACUUUUGACAAGUCUGCAGAACGCGGAUGCUCUUUUGAGUACGGUACCGAUCAACGUUCACUGCAAAUGGUUUACCAGCGUUUUGGACAUGUAUCGAAAUCAAACUACAGUGUCUAGAAAUGCUUGUGUACAUCUGUACGCUUUUUCCCUCAAGUACUUGGCCAUAUUGGUAAAACGUGACGAUGGCCUGACCGCACUCAUUGAGACGGGCACUCUCCAAUCAAUGAUUAAUCAGCUAGAUGUUGGGUCUGAUCUCAAAGAGUCUUCAAUUUUUAACGCCUACAUGUCGUUGUUGCAGACAUUGAAUACUCAUAAACGAGGUCUUGAGUAUGUUUUCCAAGAAGGUUUAUGGAAAAUUAUACUUUUUGCUAUUCAUGGAUUAACUGUACCAGCAAAAUAUGUUGAAAUUCAAGCUAGUCAAUAUAUUGCCGACUUAAUUUAUAAGUCAUUUGACUUUGAAAUGGUGCAUAAUUGUGAACCUCUCCUUAAAGAGCUAUUUUAUAAUUUAAAUUCAAUUGAUAAUCUAAUUGCUAAUCAUCAAGACACAAAAGAAUUUUUUGCCUAUAAUGUUUAUGUAAAAACAUUAAUUUUAUCUUUGGAAAAAUUCAUUGGAACUAAGUAUGAAUCUGUUGUUGUCCAUAAAAUAAUUAACAAAUAUUCUUUAUCAGAUGUAUUAAUGAAUAUUCAAAAACUAUUAAAUGUAAAUCCUAUCCUAUUAAAAAACUAUAUGACGUUACAUUUGAUAUUUGAUUGUUUUACUGUUUGGCAUAAUUCUGACAUGGAAUAUGUUUUAAAAUCAAUUUUUUCUCAUAUGAAUAUGCCAAAAAACAUUCAAUCAUAUAAACAAAUUAACAACUUAUAUACACAAGCAAUUAGGUAUGUGAACACCAGUAAUGCACAAUUAGCAGCUAACAUAGUAUUUGAAAAGGAAUUAAUUAUUGGUCAGUUGAUACCUUUAAAUAAAUGUUCAGACUGGCUUCAAUGUUCUAAAUCUGAAAAAUCAAAAUAUGAUGGAAGUUGUAUUAUUGAAUCAAAAUACAUUUUAAACUAUUGCAAUAACUAUGAUUCUAUGAUGAAUGAAGUGGCUAUUUCUUCUAUACUCAACAUUGUUGACAUUGUUCCUAUACUGAAACAAGUGUCAUUGGAGUACUUAGUCAAUUUUUUUUCAACAUUAACUGAACAUUUUUUGAACUCUGACAAUUGGUUAGAACAGUGUCAAGAUCGAGAUUCAAUUUAUAGCAAAUUUUUAGAAAUAUUAUCAUACAUAUUUAUAUGUUGGGCAAAAGUAUUAGAGUGUAAAUUAUUUACUGAGACUGCACAUGAUCCAUUGUUAGUGCCACUUGUACAGACACAUAGUCAGUUUUUUCAUAAAUCUUCCCACAAUUCUACACUCUUACAGAAUGGUUUGAAAUUAAUUAGCACUGCAUUAAAUAAAAUGAACAAAGAAAGUGUACAAUAUACUGAUAAUUUGGAAGAUUUUGGUACAUUGUGUACUACGCUUAAUAAUUUACUAUUGGAUACCAGACCUGAAAUUCGAGAUAGUUGUCUACAGUGUAUUAGAAGCAUAGUAAAUGCUUCUAAAUACAGUUAUGGGAAUUCUUUUAUCAAACUCAUCUUGGAAAAACAUUUGUCAAUAGCUGUUUUAAAUACUCUUAAACAUGACAAUGACCCAUUUGUAAGAUCUAAAGCUCUCGAAUGUUUAGAAGAAAUGGUAUCUGUAUUAGAUAUUUGGGAAACAUCUUUAAAAGAAUCAGAUUUAAUUACUCAUUGUUUAAACUUAAUGCAAUAUGAAUCUGAAGGCAUCAUUAGACGACAAAUUAUAAAACUCAUCACUGCAUUGUCUAUUUAUAAUGAGCUCAGUGAUAAUCUAUUUAAUGAAAUAUGCAUCGUAAUGGUACACAUUAGCAUCAAAGAUCCGCUUUGGGAAGUAAAAACAUUUACUUAUGAAUUUUGGAGUUCUGUUAUUCAUAAAUUUAUUGGAAAAUCUUAUGAACAAAAUAACACUGAAAGACUAAAUGACAAUCUUGUCAAAUUAAGUGCAACAGGCUGCUUACAUAGCACACAACACAAAAAACAUUUUUCUCAUAAUUAUUAUUAAAUGCUAAAUCAUUCAAUUCAGAAAUUCUAAAAACGAUUUUGUCAAAAAACCAUCAAAAGAAAAAAAAUAUUAUUUAAGGUCUUAAGGAGAUAUUGAGAUAUGCAAAAUAACCAUGUGACGGCCCCUGGCCCGGCUUGCCAUAACCGCCUAUGUUACUUAUAUUUCAAUCUAAACAUUUUAUUUUUAAUGUUUGAUUUUAUAUAGAUAUAAGUGACUUUUUGUGCUAAAGACGAUAGAAGUAUCAAAAUGUUAAUAUA